ACCACCCAGCCUUCACUCAUGACCGUCUCACUCACAACGGAUCGAUCGCCUACCCGUCACGCCACCGUAGACCCUGCUAGCGUCGCUAAGUCUCCUUCCAAUGUCACCGAAGACCCCUUGCUCUUCCCGGCUGACAGAGACUCUCCACAGCACCCAGCAGCCGCGCCUCUACUGGCCCGUGAGAGGACAGCAUUACCAGCCGACGAUGAGCGCGUCAUCAACCACCAGCCUGGGGAGGAACAUGCAACUGUGACCCACACGCACCCGCCACCUACCAGGAUCGCUUUCAUGGACGGAGUCACCAACACUGCCCUCGCCGCAGUCGACGACCAGGUCACCAACGCUGACCCAGCCGCAUUCAGCCACCAGGUCACCAACACUGCCCCAGCCGCAGUCAGCCACCAGGUCACCAACACUGCCCUGGCCGCAGUCACCGACAAGGUCACCAACACUGCCGCCCCAGUAGGUCAACAACCACAUCACCAGCCCUCCGCCCAGCCAAGCACCGAACCUAGCCUUGAUCCAGAUAGACGGACAGACUCUACCCCGGAUCCCUGUCAUCCUCGCGGGUAAACAACUACACGCUCUACUCGAUUCAGCCGCAACGCACA